AUGUCGAGUCAAGGAAAUACGUUGAGUGCAUGUAACGGAGGAGCAACGGGUUUGCUUAAAGAUAUACAAAGACGUCUUUCAAAUUCUGGAAUAUUACCCGUUUUCAAACCGGAAGUAACGAAUUUGAGUUAUGAAAAUUCACUUUCCGUACCAUCGAAUAAACCAAUGAAAUUAAAAAAUGUCGCGACUGGAUCCGAAAGUUACGACAGCCUUCAUAAUUCGAGCAUUCACUUUAGAACUGGAUAA